AUGUCAGAUGGCCGAGAAAUCGCUGAGGUCAACUGGGAGCUCCUGGUUUCCUUCGAAGGGGAUCGAGUUUGCUUCCACCAAGAAGCAGUGCGGCAAACCCUGGAAAACCCGAAAUAUGCCGGCCAAGAACAACUUCUUUUCGUGGUGCGAGACGUUGCAAAUGCGGAGCAGGAUGCUAAUUUGUUGGAUGUUAUUUGGGCCUCAUGUGAGCACGCCAGCGACCUAAAGGAAAUGUCCGAAGGGCUGCGCCAAAAGUUCCCGGGAAGUAUAUCUUGCAUUUGUACACCCCCAGCUACGGAUCGUUUGCGGAAAGCGACGCAUGAGAUCAUGCUGACGAGAGAAGAGCAACCAAUGCUGCGUAAAUUUGAGCGAGUGCGGGACCUCGUCGGAAAAUGGACCAGCACUAGAACCAACAAAAGCAACGUGUCGGACCUAGGAAUACGCCUUGCCCAUUGGCUCAACACCGAUGCACCACAGAUUGGUGAUUCGGCGGUUCAAGGGUCCCGGAAGCAAACGUUUGAUGAGGACCUCCGCAGAGCCUUGACGCGGGGUAUCCAAAAUAUCCAAAAAAUGGCGAAGGCCAGCGACUUCGAUGCGGCAAAAAAGCAGUUCGAAAGCAAGGCCAAUAGCUUUGCAACGGAAAGACGAAGUGAGUUUGCGGCCUGGGAGCAAAGCCAGGCUGAGGGUGGCUUACUCGAAAAAAUCAUCGAACAAGAGCAACGUCGGAUUUCAGAGAUCUCCGACAUAGAACAACUGCUAGAAAUGAAAACGUGUCCGUACAAACCGGCGGGAAUGGACAACCUUUCAUCAGAACGCCAGGCCGGAUUCAUUACUGCGCACUGGAGCUUAGUCGAUAAAAGGCUGGACCAGGUUCGUGGCAACCUCCUGAGGACCCUGCUCAAUGAAAUUCCCACCUUAUUCCGCGAAUCUAUGGCCAAAACUGGCGCUAAGCUUGAAAAGGAGUCCCUGAUAGCAAUGGCCAAGCUGCAGGAUAAGCUUUCGAUAUACAAAUUCCCGGAGGAGGAGAAAGCGAAAAUAACGGCGGAGCAAAUCUCUAUUGAAUACCGUGAAAAAAGGGACCGAGAGCGCGAGGCUCAGCUGCGAUUGGAAAGACUUACUCAGGAGCUUAACGAUAAAUCGAAAGCGUCAUUGAGUAUCGAUACCGACGACGAGCCGGGGCCGGAAGUGGACUAUUCAUUCCCGACCAGCGCGGAUGUUUUGCAAGCCCGUGUUGCCCAUGAGGCGCAGAUUCCCAUAGGUCAAUCCACAGCAAGAUCCAAUAAAGAAUUUGAAGAGUAUGUGAAAAAGCUUGCUGCAGACAGAGAGCGGAACGACCAGGACCGCGCAGCAAAGGAAGCCGCCCGCCAAGAAAAACGGCGGCAAGAAUGGGAAGCACAACUUGCUAAGGAAAGACAAGCCCGGGAAGAAAAGCAGCGGGCCGACGCAAAGCUACGUCAAGAAAAUACAGACCGGGCUAUCGCCCGAGACCUGCAAAUAGAAGAGGAAAUCAAACUCGCGAGGGCGCAACAGAAAGCCUCUGAGCCUAAAAAGCAGAAACCGACGGGAUUUUUCUUCGGACUCAAGGAAAGAUUAUUGGGUUCACCUAAUGAGCAACACCCUCCAACAAUGCGUGAUGUUGAUGGUGGGCGCUACGGCGGGACAAAUUCUGGAGCCAACAGUAACUACAUAGCACCUAAGCCGAGCCAGGACGCGCGUCCGAUGCCGACGAACUCGAAAUCGAACCAGUCGGCAAGCGGCUAUUCUAGCUGGGUU